AUGAAUGAUAUUGAUAAUGUACGUCGUGCUUUUCGUUCAAAAUAUUCAUUUGAUAUACAACCAACAUGGUUACAGCCAUGUCUUGCUUGGUUACGUGAUCAAUUUCAAUUAACAGAAUUAACUAAUAAUUAUACACUUGAAAAAAUCUAUAAUCAAUGGCUUCAUACAGACAUUUCUCUUAUUGCUGAUGCAUGUUAUUUACCAAGUGAUUUAGAUUUAAAUGCAAAAAAAAUUCAAUUAAGUGGAAAAUAUGCAUUACAAAUCAAUAGUAUAUUAUGUAUAUCGGAAUCAUACUAUAGUCAAGUUUUGAAUAUACAUGGUGAUCAAAAUGAAAAUGAACGAAUUGAUACAGAUAUAACUGAAACUCAACAAUGGAAACCACCACCAACUAAACGUGUUCUCUAUUUGGAAUUAACUGAUGGUAAAAUAAUUCUUCGUGGAUUAGAAUAUGAAACAAUUAAUGGUCUUGAUCGUGAUACAACAUUACCGGGUGCAAAAAUUCUUGUAAUUGGUCCAAUAAUUUUUCGUCGAGGAAUGUUACUAUUAACACCGAAAAAUACACAUGUACUCGGUGGUUAUGUUGAAAGUUUACUUGAUAAAAAUGCUUCUAUUGAAACAACAUUAAAUUCAUUAUCAAAAACAGCAUCAAAAUUAGAUGAAAGUCGAAUGCGAUUCAAUCGAUUAAAUUUCAAAGUUCAUCCACCGACUAUUUCUAAUGAUACAACAAAUACAAUACCUGAUAGACAAAUAAAUCAAGAUAAUUUUCAUGAAGAUGAAGAUGAAAUGGAUGAAUUCAUUCGACAAGCAUAUGCUGAUGGGAUGCUUAAUGAUGAUAGUCAUAUAGCUCCGGAGCCUAUUGAUUAUAAUCCUCCUCCAUUAUCAUACAAUACUAUUCAACCAUCUACCACUAUUACUAAUCGAAUUUCAAUACCAAUCAAUCAACCAAAAGAAUUGAUUGUAAUUUCGGAUGAUGAUGAUGAUUAUAAUUUUUUACCACAAACAAACAUUCCUUCAACGGAAUUAUCAUUAUCCAAUAAUCAAAUAUCUCAUAUUUCAUUUUCUGCCCCUUCACCACUACCACCACCACCACCACCACCACCGGUACGAUCUUCAGUUCCUAAAAUAUCUUUACCUUAUACAUAUUUAUCUCUUAUUCGUCAUCAAACAUUUCUAUCGAACACAAAUUAUCAAGACUUUAUAAUAAAAGGAUGUUUUUCAUCAUUAAUAUCAAAUCCACGUAUAAUUAAAAAUGAAUUUUAUUUCGAAGCUUAUAUUAAUGAUGGUAGUGAUUGUUUACCUGCUCAAUUUGCACCUGAUCUUCUUAGUCAACAUAUUGGUAUAACUGCAGCAGAAGUAUUGACAAAACGAAAUGAAUGUAAAAAUGAUAUAGAUCGAAAAAAACUUCAAACAAAUGUUAAUGAUCGUUUCAAAAUAUUCUGUCAUCCUUUGCAACAUUUAAUCGCCAUAAUUACGAUAAGAUUCUUUUCUGAUAAUGAAAAACCAAUGGUGAUUAAAAUUGAUAAAAUCUAG